AACAAAAGAUCCGUUUUUUUUGUGCAACUGCCAACGAUUGUGUGCAUUAGUUUUAAUUAUUCGCUGUAGUUUUCAUGUCUGUAUACAAUUUCUGUGUUAUUUUACGUUAUUUUGUGAUUAUUCUAUGUUCAAUUGUGCCGAAUUAGUUAAUUUUAUCCAGUGAAUUACAUUCGCGUCUGCAGCAAGCUUUUUUAACGUCCACCUGGAACCACCUGUAGCUGCCCAAAAUGGAAAGCACAAGUGCCAACAACAGCAGCAUUCGCAUCAAAACACCACCAUCAUCAAUCAGUUGGAAAAAGUUAUUCCGAGGAUUCGAAGCGGACGAGCGGUCACAUUCCGAGGAGGACAAAGAGAACAGUAGCGUUGGAAGUUUCAGUAAACCGUCCCAGAAGCAGCAGCAGCAGCAACGAUUUGCUUGCACGACGAGCAAGAAGCGGAUUAAUUUCAAGCGUCGUAGGCCAGCUGCUGUAGCGGAAGGAUCGACGCUUUCCCCGUAUGGUGGGGGUCCAGGAGGGCUGAAACCGUGCAGUGUUUUUACGCCUUUGAACAAGCUCAAACCGACCCAACUCAUCGGUUCCGGGACCGACUCGGACUGGCGUAGUUUCUUCAGCAAUUCGUUCGAGGUCAACCAGAGCUUUCCUUGCGCUACAACCAGACGUCAGGAGCGUCGCCGUCGUCGUCACUGUCGGGAUGACGACCGGCGCUAUCUGCUGAACACACCGCUACGUGUCUACCGAGUUGUUCCAUCAGCUGCCACCACCACCGGAAGAGGAAAGCAUCAACGGUCCGGCUUCAUGGAUCGCGUUCGGGUAGAUGGAGCCAACGGGCUACGGUUUACGGCAUUCCGGCCGAAAGGAUGCCUCUCGCAUGGCGUCAAUUCGCCGUAUAACAAUUCCUAUGUGGCUUCGACUUCGGAGUCGAUUGGGCGCCUACCGAAGAGUGGAAUCAAUCCGAACAAGGCCGUCUUUACGAUCGAUUCCAAGACGUCGCAGAUUUUGAUCGUAAACCGGAAUGCGUGUGAUCUGCUGGGUUACAGCUCCAAGCAGCUGUGCGAGAUGCAGUUUGCCAGUUUGCUGCCCAACAAGAAUAAGAUGCAUGUUUCUGCGCUGGCGGAGGGACAGCUCAAUAGCGAAGAUGGAACUGUGAUCAUACUGAGUGGAAAGGUUGUUGAGUUAUGUACGAAAUCUGGCGAGAAUGUAGCCGUUUCCCUGUGGGUUAGGCAGAUUGAUAGCGAAUCGAGAUGUUUGGCUGUUGCCGAGCCGGUUGAGCGAAGAGUGGCUCAGCUGUUGGUGGACAAGACCGGAUACAUAAUUUCCGGGGAUUACGAGGCGUUGCUGCUGUUUCAGCUGGAUUCAAUUGAGAAAUUCAGUGGUAUGGAUGUUACGCUGUUGAUUCCGGCGAUUCUGCUUCCGGAUGCCGAUAAUAGUAUGAUUGCGAAGCACAUUCGUAAGCAAAAAGCGACGGGCAAAACGGCAGAAGGGAUGGCCUUUCCGCUUUGUCUGAUGAUCUCCCAUCACGACUCGGGAACGGACACCAACGAUAGUGGUUUAUCGAAUCCGAACCAUCUGUACGUGAUCACCAUUUGGGUGUUCACCAACAUCUCCGGGUUGAUUGUGGUGGAUGAAAAUUCCGUGAUCGAAUCGUGCAAUCACCACUUUUCGAUGCUGAUGUUUGGCUACCCGCAGCACAAGAUCAUCGGAGAGCAUAUUACGAAAAUUUUGCCCAACUUUGGUCAGGAAUGCGACUAUUUGGGCUUCAUGAAUCGCAGUCGGAAUGCCACGCUUUCGUCCCUGGACAAUGACGAGUCGGAAACGGAGACGGAUCAUGUGGAUUUCGAAAACAAAGAAGAGUUUAUCCAUAACGCGAUCAAUAGCAUGAAGAGCAGUACGGAUGUGAUUUGCAGUCCGGUAAAGGAAACGAGGAAGAUAUGCUUGGACUUUACAUCGACUUCCACCAGUAGCAAUCGCAGUAGUGGGAACCAACCAGCCGAGGGCAAUGAAGUAGUUGAGCAGGUGGAUGCCGUCGUCGCUGACAUAUCGCUCAACCUGGUCUCUGAACCGAACGAAUCCAGUGGCCUAUUCAGUUCGAUCAUCGUUAGUUCCGUGCCGGAAAAUCUGCUCUACCUGGAAAGUAAUAGUGAGAACAACCGAAAUUACGCCAACCUUUCCAAUUCGGCCAGUUGCAAUGCAUUGAAAUCGGUUGCCUCGGCAGGUGCCGCGUGUCCGGUAAAGGAAACUCUUACCAAAGCUCCCGCAUUGGAAGAUUGCCUAAACAUUGUCGAUUGUGACCUUCUAACGCCCGUUAACGAAUGCUUGAAUCUGCUCAGUGGCAAAAACAGUACAGCUGAAAGUCCUGCGAAGGAAAAACGCUACUCAUCGGAGGACAUCCAUUCAGCCUUGAUGAAGAACUCUUCCAGUGAGGACUAUUCGGCUCCGCUGAGUGCUCCUCCGACGGUCACGACUCCUCGGUAUGUCAAACCGUACGAGCUGUCGAAGACAAUGGUCACGUCAACGCCAGAUCAACAGAAACGACAUUCGGCCGUUGGAACGCUUCCGAUUCCGUGUGGACCACGCAGGUCGAUCUAUUCGGAUGGGAAGUACCGCGGGGAAGCGAUUCACUAUGAUGGCAACGUGAUCGACAUACUGUACACCAUUUCGAACCAGACGCUUCCUUGCGGGAGGAAGGUCUACUGCAUCUGGGUAAGCCGGGAUCCGGAUUCGUCGUACAACAACCUGGAGGAUGAGGAUAAGCAUCAGAAUCUGACGUUGACGUUCAACAGUGUGACCAGUACGGUGGACAAUUCGCUUGGGCAGGCCAUCAAGAAUACUGCUGCUGCGCAGCACUCGGAUCGGCCCAGUUCCGUCUCCCGUAUGUCGCAGUGCGAUGAAGAUUUGAUCCACGGAGAGUACAGCAAAUAUUACACGCUGGUGAGGCACAUCGGGAAGGGCGCGUACGGGUAUGUGAAGCUGAGCUACCGAAACUCGGAUAGGUUGCUGGUGAUAUCGAAGUUCAUACUGAAGGAGAAGCUCGUGCCGCAGUUCAUGAUAACGACCGAGGAGAAGCGGGAAAUUCCGAUGGAAGUGUACCUGUUGACGCACGUGAAGCAUCCGAACAUUGUCAACAUGUUCGAUUGGUUCGAGAACGACAAGUUCUUCCAGGUUGUGAUGGAAAUACACGGCUCCGGGAUGGAUCUGUUCGAGUUUAUCGAUCGAAGACCCGUCAUGACGGAGAAGCUGGGUUGUUGGAUCUUUCGACAGAUUGCUAAUGCGGUUGCUUUCCUACACUCGUUGAACAUUCUGCACCGGGACAUCAAAGACGAGAACGUUAUCAUCGAUCACAAUUUCCAUAUCAAGCUGAUUGACUUCGGAUCGGCGACAUUCGUGCAGGAAGGGCAACUUUUUUCUACCUUCUACGGCACGACCGAGUACUGCAGUCCGGAAGUGUUGGCAGGCAACCGCUACUCCGGUCCGGAACUGGAAAUGUGGGCUCUCGGUGUGACGCUGUACGUGUUGAUGUUCUUCGAGAACCCAUUCGUGGACGUUGAGGAAAUCCUGCAAUCCGAACUGAUCAUUCCGCACGAAAUCAGCGAAGAAUUGGAGUACGUGUUGCUUUCGCUGUUGGACAAGAAUCCCAAAACUCGGGUCACCAUCCAGGAGUUACUGGAUACGGAAUGGAUGACACAGGAGAUUAAUUCGUCGCAGUUCAAUUUUGCCAAAAUCGUCCCCUGCGAACCGUACGAAACCAACCCGGAGAAGUACUACGUAGAUGCGAACAUCUGUUCCAGUCAGACGGGACUGUCCACGUCGCCGCACAGCCUUUCGAUGGUGGAUGAUGUCGAUGGUGAAGAUGAUGAUGAGCAUGCCCACAUGGAUGAUUCGUUCAUGGAUCCCGACGAGAUGCUGGACGAUGAUAUUUGUCCCCUGUCGCACGAUGAUGAGAUUGGUCUCGAUGACGAUAUCUCCGGCAGAGAGAUGAAUAUUCUUUCCACCGGUCUCACCAGUCUGUCUCUGAGGGAACCUGACGGAACGUGCAUCAGUCUGGUCGAUGGCGACCGGAUUGGCCAACAAUCAACAACAGGAGCUUUAUUUCUACUAGAAGAAAAUGGUGAUACAGAAGAUAGUGAGAUACUGCUGGUGGUGUUGGAUGGUGAUGCUGACGAUAAGGAAGAGGAUGACGGUGGUGGUGCUGCUGCUGCUGACGACCGGGGGAUGGAACGAUCGGAAGGGACACUUCAGCACGAUCCGUCCAGUAGCAGCAGUUGCGUUGGUGGCGCCGCCAGUCCAUACAAUUCGCCGAGCAAAAGUAACCGUCAGAAGCGGCAGCAGCAACAACAGCGACGAAAGCGUGCUUGGGAAACGAACCACCCGGUCGUCGUCGUGAUGUCGGCAUCUUCCGUUGCUCCGAUUGCGGACCCUGGCAGUAAGGGUGAGUUGGAGGCUAGUGAAUGUGACUAUACCAAUGAUAGCUUCGAGGAAGACGAUGACAAUGGCGAGUGAAGACGUGGGAAUGAGACGAAUCCCGGAUGAGUUGACUUCUUUUCCAUUCCUUUUCAAACUGUUGCGACUCUUGUGCGGCGGGGGGGUUUGUAAAGCAAAACACACAAAACAAUAUGAUACUCAUUUAGUUCGAUACUCUCAUCAAAAGAAAAGAAUACCGAGAAAUUAUGACAAAAGAUAAUGAUUAGUUUUUUUUUAGCCGUAGACAGAUGGAGCUAUUAAUAGUUUAGAAUCACUGAUAGGAUAGUCCAAAGCAGACUCUAUAUAGUUAAAUCUCUAGGGAGAAGAACGGAGUCAACAGAGUCGUACACAACUUAGUAGUAUUAAUUAGUAGGAGAAAACAAGCAGAAUUAACAAAAAGAAAGAAGCACACACGAACAAAUUUAGCAUCUAUCAGAUUGAUUAUAUCAUUGUUGAACAGAUUAUUGAUUUUAAAAUAUAAAGCAACAAAAAAUACUCGGAACGUUUCGUACUGAAAGAAAGCAGUCAUUUGGAAAUCAAAUUUCAGCUCGAUUAAAAUUUAACUUCGGUAAG